AUGCUCUUUGAAUCAGUUUGUGUUAGCUUUGGAUUUGUGGAGCACCGCUGCACGUUUGAUCAAAGGGUAAAGCAUGGCGAACCACUGCCUGUUGUGCGGGAGUUGCCGCGGAAGGGACGAAAUGGUCUGCAGGCUUACAUUGCUGCCAACCAGGGGUGGGAGCGGAUGCGUUUCGGAGUUUCCAUUGAAGAUCUGAAGGACGACUUCAGGUACUGCACCAGAGCAGGGCAAAGACGCCCUGAUUUUGAAGGAGGCACUCUUGUAUGCACUGAGGCAGAUAUUCUGACAACGGAGAAGAAGAUAUUGCUUGUCAACCACUUGCUUCCUGAGUCGAUUAAACUCCAUACUGACCGUCUUCUUGUGGAGCGAAUGGAUGGAAUAGUCGUAGAUUGGUUUGUUACUCCCUUGUGUUCUCCUUUUAAGAUUCCUGUUAAUCAUCAUUACCCAGGUGUCACUGGUGUGGAUAUAUUGCUCUAUGUUGCUGCAGGACCAACUCCUGAGGGAGUUAUUGCGUGGGGUGUUCCUUGCUACACUCUUGAUAAUGGUAGACCUGUUGUUGGCGCAAUGAACUUCGGACCGAGAUACAUUACUGCGACACGUUUGGUUUCACGGGCUGCAGCACACGAAAUUGCACAUGUCCUGGGUUUCUCCUCUUUCUUAUUUGCUAAAAGUGGAAUGCUUAGUAUUGUACCAAUACUUCGUGGCAAGAGGGAUGUCUUGGUGGUGUCCUCUAAGAAGACCCUGGAGGUGAUGCGCAAGCAUUUCAAUUGUGAUGAUGUUGUUGGUAUGGAACUGGAAGACGAGGGCAGCGAUGGAACUGCACACUCACACUGGGAGCGGCGUAAUGUCAAGGAUGAGUUGAUGGCUGGGCUAUCUGGUGUUUCUUAUUACACGGCGCUAACAAUGGCAGCUUUUGAGGAUCUAGGUUAUUAUCGAGCCAAUUGGGGUAUGGAAGAGCAGAUGAGCUGGGGGAAGGAUGCUGGUUGCGAGUUCCUGUACGAAAAAUGUGUGAAAAACAACAACACCAGAUAUCCCGAUAUGUUCUGCACCAAAAAAUUUAAGGGUCCCCGUUGCACCUCUGACCGUUUGGCGCUAGGAAAUUGUGACCUGGAGAGUUUUGGUAGGACCCUUCCGUUGCAGUACCAGUACUUCACAGAGACUUCUAUUGCUGGAGGAGGUCGUCAACUCACAGACCAUUGUCCUGUGAUCAAACCAGCGGUUCGUGGGGUGUGCACCGAUGUAGAAAACUAUUGGCCGGGAAGUCGUGUUGGGCCGGAAUCCAGAUGCCUACACGGGGAUUCACUUCAUAUUGGGAACCGUUUUGUCGGCGAUGUGUGUGUAGAAGUGUCGUGUAACGUGAGCGGUAUCUUGUAUUUGCGAUACCUUGGUGAGGACAAUUGGUACCCUUGUCCAGAGGGUGGAGGUAUAAUUCCUAAAAAGCCCUUCACAAAAGGUCGUAUCUUGUGUCCCAAAUAUAUGGAUGUCUGUGUCACUCUGGCAUUGAACAUAACUAACAAAUCGUACAUAUUUGGAAAACCAAGUACGCAAUAUAUACUUAGUGGCGCUGAAGAUUGGCAUAAUUAUAUUAAUGGAAAGAGAGAAGAACCCCAACACAAACGUUCUGACAGUGUUGCUAAUGUUUUUUUUGUAUUGCCAUUGAUGUUUCUUGAGCUUCUUGUCUUUAUAGUGCUCAUGGCAUGA